AUGGGGGCUGCAGGCCACCCCAGGUUGGAGCUGGCCCCAGCCUGGAGACAAGAGGCCCAGCACCCCCAUGCCCUGCAGGAGAGGAGGGGCAGAGUCCUCCUGGCGGACAAGGAGGGUAGGCAGCCUCCACCACCAAACGAGGUGCUGGACGAGGCCGUGCCGGAGUACCAAGCACCGGGCAGGAAGAGCAUCCUGGAGAUCCAGCAGCUGGACGCAGAUGACGAGAGCCUGGCCACCUACAAGCGGGUGCUGCUGGGGCCCCCACCACCUGUUGUGGACCCAGGCCUGCCCAAUGUGCAGGUGAUGCGACUGACACUCGUGUCUGAGCAGGCGCCGGAGCCCAUCACCAUGGACCUCACAGGGGACCUGGCUGCGCUAAAGAACCAGGUGUUUGUCCUGAAGGAGGGUGUUGAUUACAAAGUGAAGAUCACCUUCAAGGUCAACAGGGAGAUCGUCAGUGGCCUCAAGUGUCUGCAUCAUACCUACCGCCGGGGUCUGCGUGUGGACAAGGCUGUCUGCAUGGUGGGCAGCUACGGCCCGUGUGCACAGGAGUACGAGUUUGUGACGCCAGUGGAGGAGGUGCCGCGGGGCACGCUGGUGCGGGGCACCUACGUGGUCACGUCCCUCUUCACCGAUGACGACAGGACGGACCACCUGUCCUGGGAGUGGGGCCUGCUCAUCUGUCGGGACUGGAAGGGCUGAGCCCCUCCCCACUGGGGUCCUUGUUUCCCCUCCUCCCUCAGUGGCUGCAAGGGACCCCCAACGCUCCCCAGCCCCUCCGCGGCCCCCAGACCCUCCACUGCCCUCUGCUCUGUCCUGCCCCUGCCCCAGGCCUGGCGCUGUCCCCUGAACAGUCCAUUAAACAUCGCCCUGUCUCAGUG